AUGGUUACAAUCGUGUACAUAGCACUCCAUUAUUUUAUUACAUAUUUACGUUACUUUGUAUUAGGGUUUUGCGUGACAAUUAUUAGUAUAUUAUUUAGUUGGUCUCAUGGUAUCCCGACAAAAAAAAUCUAUGAAUAUCGUUCUGUACUACCGAUUUCAUAUGGAAAUGAAAUAUUAACAAAAUAUCGUAUUAAUUUAACUCAAAAAGAUCAUCUACCGUUAACAAUUCGAAAUAUUUCUCUCAUAUUGCCAUCAGUAAAACUAAAAAUUGCAGUAGUAACUGCUAUUUAUAACGAUCCGUAUGUCAAUGGUGUCCGAGUACUUGGCUAUAGUUUAAAAAAAUUUCGAACAAAUGCUGAUUUAAUUUUAACAUAUAUUCCUGGUAGAGUAUCGAAUGCAACAUUAGAAAAAUGUGAAGAAAUGGGGUGGCAUUUAAUGCCUGUUGAUCGAAUACCUCCGCCAACAUUUGCGAUUGUUUAUCCCCGGUUUAAAGAUCAAUUCACAAAAUUACGCAUAUGGUCAAUGACAGAUUAUGAUCGAAUAUUGUAUUUGGAUGGUGAUACACUAGUCGUUAGUGAUAUUAAUGAAUUAUUUCGUUUAACAGCUAAAAAUGAUUGGGAAGGUUUUCUAUCGGUUUUAGACACAUGGCAAGGACAAAUAGGACCAAAUUUUAAUGCUGGUGUAUUAUUAAUAAAACCAAAUAUAACUCUAUUUAACGAAAUGAUGAAUAAAAUUCAUAUGAUGCCUCAAUAUGGAACGUACUGGGCUGAACAAGGCUUUCUGAAUUGUACCGGCAGAUUACCAUUAACAUACAAUUUUAACAGCGUAUUAGCACUAUAUCAUAAAGAUAUCUAUAAUCAGCUUAAUAAAAGUAAAAAAAUUAUACAUUAUACAGCAUUUAAACCAUUUACAAUCAAAGAUGUCAACGAGAUAGAUUCAGUAUAUGUUGACUUAUGGAAAGAAUGGAAACAAAUGGAAGAAGAAAUGAAUGAAAAUGUAAAAUUGAAUAACACUGAUUCUGCAUCUUAG